GGCCCCACUUCCGCUUCCGGGUCGCUCCCAGCUCGGGGCGAAGCGAGGCGUGUAGAAGGGGGGGGGGACGGCAGGAGAAGCAGGACGACUCGCUCUCGCUCUCGCUCGCCGUCGGAGCCGCCAUCGUUGCCUGCCCGGCCUCGCUAUGCCCAAAGGAGGUAAAAAAGGGGGCCAUAAAGGCCGAGCACGGCAGUAUACAAGCCCGGAAGAGAUCGAUGCCCAGCUGCAGGCUGAGAAACAGAAGGCCAGGGAAGAGGAAGAGGAGCAAGAGGAAGGCGGCUCCGGGGCCUCCGGAGAACCCAAGAAGAAGGAGAAAUCGCUAGAUUCGGAUGAGAGCGAGGAAGAAGAGGGCGAAGACUAUCAGCCGAAACACAAAGGAGUGGAAGGCAUGAUCGACAUAGAGAAUCCCAACCGGGCAGUGCAAACAGCUAAAAAAGUCACUCAGCUCGAUUUAGAAGGCCCGAAGAGAAUUAGGGGGGGGAGAAGGGUAGAGAUUGAAAAACAGAAGGCAAAAGAAAGGUACAUGAAGAUGCACCUGGCAGGGAAAACGGAACAGGCCAAGGCCGACCUCGCCCGGCUAGCCAUUAUCCGGAAACAGAGAGAAGAGGCAGCCAAAAAGAAAGAGGAAGAGAGGAGAGCUAAAGACGACGCGGCCAUGGCAGGCAAGCGGAUGCAGUCGCUGUCCCUCAACAAGUAAAGGCAGCCCCCUCCCCCCGAGAGGAGGGACACCCCCGGGACGGUGCUGGGCCUGGCACCCUUCGGACUCGCUGCGGCGUCAAUUUCCCAGAGAGGCUGCAGGAGGAGGGCAGCGGCAGCAGCGAUGGCGGCCUCACCGUCACCUCUGAAGAGACUCUGACCGCUCCGUGUUCGUCUUCAUCUGGGCACAGAAUUCCACGGGAUUACUUUUUUGGGGGGGGUGGGGUGGGGAGGGAGGGAGGGGCACGCAGGCGAGGGGAGGGGGAAGAGGGCAGGAGGUAUCCAGGCACCCUUCACCUUUGGUGCAAAAAUCGUGACAACACCGACGGUUGCAUUAAAAUGACCGUUUUCGGGGAGGGGGAAACCAAACGCCGCCGGCUGAACGGUUUGAUGUGUUUUUGAUUUUCGGGUGGGAGGCCAACGGAGGCGGAAGGUUUGCUGGGGAGGGGGCCGAUCGCUUCAGCUAGCUUUCAGGGAAACUAGGCAGGGAAGGGGGUGGGAGACGAGUAGCUUGGACCCCUGUAGAUGCAUUUCCCAAAAAUAAAAAAUACGGGGACGAGGGAGUGUGCUUUGGCAUGGACCUGGGCUGCACAAAAGUCCAGGGAAAUGAACAGUUACGGGGCAGGAGGUGGAAUCCUUGACGCACACCCCCUCCAAAACCCUCUUGGCUAUUUUAGUUUUCUCUUUUCCACCCUGUUGUUUUAUUUUAUUUUAUUUUAUUUUAAAACCGUCCUUUUCAUUUCUUUCCCUCCUUCUCUGGAAGUCGAUAAUGACUUCUGUUUUUUAAAAACAAACCCUUGGAAAAGCGAAAACUAGAGAACGCAUCUUCGGGAUUGUGCAUCUUUCCGGAAUAGAGGCAGGCGUGCGCGCGCAAGAGAGAGAAAGAAAGAGAGAGAGAGAAAAAAGAGAAAAACCUGUAUAUUUGGCUGAAUAAAGUUUAAAUUAUCGUAA